ACUCCUGCUGCUAAUUCAAUUCCUCUGCCUCAUUCCAAGGAUUCCAGAGCCAAACUGUCACCUUUCCAAAAUACCAAGCCUUUGCGCACUCCAGUGCUUCCCAGCUCCAGUCCCAAAGAGUGGGCAGGAACUUUUGGGAUGAACCAAAAUUAACCCUGGCGGUGGAGAGCUUGAAAUCCCUCCUUCUUUAGUAUUUCUUUCCUCCACUACUUUUGAAAUCUCUUUUAGAUCAAACUUCAAGGAAACUUUUCCUCUCACUUUUGGCUCCCCUUAACCAGCGUCAUACCAAAAUAUUUCUCUUGACGUCUUGGAGCCUGGCCGCUGAGCAAAGGGGGGCAGCCCCUCCAGAGAGAUGGGGGAUGCUGGGGAGAAAGGCCUGGACAACGACGCGGAAGGGGUCUGGAGCCCUGACAUAGAACAGAGCUUCCAGGAGGCGUUGGCCAUCUACCCACCUUGUGGGAGGCGAAAAAUUAUUCUUUCUGAUGAGGGCAAGAUGUACGGCCGCAAUGAACUUAUUGCUCGCUACAUUAAACUGAGGACAGGGAAAACACGGACAAGAAAACAGGUUUCCAGCCACAUCCAGGUGUUGGCACGGCGGAAAACCCGGGAGAUUCAAGUCAAGCUCAAGGACCAGGUAGCAAAAGACAAAGCCCUUCAAACCAUGGCAGCCAUGUCUUCUGCUCAGCUUGUGUCUGCUACCGUCCUUCAGGAAAAACUGGGCUUGUCAGACCCUCACUACCCACACAGUGCUACCCCUACAGAGUUUUUCCAGUUCUGGACAAGUGAUGCAAUCCAACCCCGGGCCACUCCAGAUAUCAAGCCAGUUCUCCAGGCAUCCUACCCUCUACCGCCAAUCACAGCACCCCCUGCUGUCCCAGGCUACCACACAUCCCCAGGUAGAAUUCCCCACCUCCCCACAACUACCUCUUGGCAGGGAAGCCACAUCGGUACAGAAACUCUUCGACUGGUGGAGUUCACUGCUUUUGUGGAGCAGCAAGGUGAACAAGACGUGUGUAAACAGCAACACCGUUUUGUGCACAUCGACCCGACACCCACUACUGAAACUCCCCUGGAAGUGGUGGAUGUGCGCCAGAUCUAUGACAAAUUCCCUGAGCGGGGAGGUGGACUGCGAGACCUGUAUGACCAGGGGCCUCCUCAUGCCUUCUUCUUAGUCAAAUUCUGGGCUGACCUAAGCUUUCCCCUCCCUGAAGAAGAACCAGGGGGCACAGGAGGGGCCUUCUAUGGGGUGAGCAGCCGAUACGAGGGCCCACGGGCUCUGACGCUCAGUUGCACCUCCAAGGUCUGCUCCUUUGGCAAACAGGUGGUGGAAAAGCUGGAGACCGCUGAGCCUCCCCACUGGGAAGAUGGACGCUUUGUUUUCCAGUUGCAGCGCUCUCCACUCUGCGAGUACCUCAUAAAUUUUAUCCGCAAACUGCAAACGCUGCCAGAAAAACCAAUGAUGGAUAGUGUGCUUGAAAACUUCACCAUCUUGCAGGUUUUGCGAGAUCAAGAAACUCAGGAGUUACUACUAUGUGUGGCCUUUGUGUUUGAAGUGUCUGCCAGCGAGCGAGGAGCGCAGCAUCACAUCUAUCGGCUGGGCCGGGAUUGACGAACACUUUUUGCCUUCCUGCCCUUAAAAUCAAGCCACUCACCUUCCUCUCCUGAUAUUCAGGCUACAGGCUCUUCAGAAAUGGUUGGAGGAGCUUAUAUGAAAACUGGUGAAAAGGGUUGUCCUAACCCCCAACAACCGUUGGGAUACUAACUGCUGGAUUUGGCAGUGAUGACCUUGGUCUUCCUAAGGAUCA